UUAGGUAUAUUUAGGUAGAUUUUUGAAUUUAAUUUUGUUUGUACUGUAAUAGCCUUAAAGAUAGUUGAAUAAUAGGUAAAACGAAGAUUUACUGUGCAUGAAAAUUUAAAAAAAAAAAUUGUAUGAGACAAGUGUUAUCGUGUAUUUUAAAUUAAAAUUAUUUUCAGAUUAGUUACAGAAAUGGCUAGUGGUUUUCGACUUACAUUUCCAUCUGAGCAAACGACACCAGUUAAAGAACAGGGAAAUAACUCACCAACAAAAAGAACAACCAGGACAAGGAAUAAACCAAAGAAAUAUGAUGAUUUCUUGGAGUUAACACCUUCUAAACAAAGAGUUCAGAGGAAGAAUGAGUCUGAUGAAAGUGAUGAUGCUGAAAUGGAUGAAGCAUCACCACAAAAGCCAACAGCUUUAUUUGACAGUAAUGAUGUGGAAGGACAAGACAUAUUCAAAUUCAAAUCAAGGCAUACCAGGCAAGAUCUUCAUAAUAAAGUUCAAGAUGCUAUCAGCAAUUCUCCAAAGAUAAUGGAUUCACCGUUAAGGACUCCUAAAAAAACACCUUCCCGUGCCUUUAAGAGUCAUCUAAGUAAAACUUGUGAAGUUACACCCAGGCAUGUGAAGGAAGUAAUUAAAAAAAGAAUUAUUCAAGAAGUGGAAAGUGACAGUGAAGAAAGUGAUUUCUCUGGCACAAGCAGUGACUUUGUACCUGAUGAGAGUGAUAAUGAGACUGAAGCAGAAUCAUCAUCAGAAGAUGAAAUUGAACAACAAAAGCCAUCUGCAAAACUGAACAUUACUAGAAAUGUGGGAAAUAAAAUGAAAGCCAAAGAUUCUGAUUAUUUUGUAACACCAGACAAUUAUUUCAUGAUGAAUUCUAGUAAAAAGAUUACAACUUCGGAUCAUACAUUAUCGAGAUUAAAAAACUUAAAUAUAGAAGAAAAUGAAGCUCAAGAGCACGAACUAUCUGAUGAACACAAACUAAAAAUUGGUGAACUAAACCAAACAUAUCAGCACAUUUUUAACAGAUGGUUAUACGCCUUGAGUGAAAAUUUUAACAUUAUUUUAUAUGGGAUUGGUUCUAAGCGAUCGAUACUUCAGCAAUUUCAAGCGCAAAAACUGAAGAAAUUUCCUUGCAUUGUUGUGAAUGGAUUCUUCCCAAGUCUCACUAUAAAAAAUAUUUUAGAAACAAUAAUUAUUGAUUUGUUAGAGAAUACUCACGUGCCGUCUAAUGUGGGAGAUAUUGUGAAUUUAAUUGAUGCUCAGCUAACAGAAAAUGGAGUGAACUUAUUUCUGAUCAUUCAUAACAUUGAUGGCACGAUGCUACGAAGUACAAAAUCGCAAGCUACGUUAGCAAGUAUAUCACAAAUAAAAAAUGUACACACUAUAGCAACGAUUGAUCAUAUAAUUGCACCUUUAUUUAAGUCAAAUUUCUAAUUAUGGGAUCACUCAAAAUUAAGUAAAUUCAACUUCACAUGGUGGGACGUUACUACAUUUUUGCCAUACUCCGAAGAGACCUCGUAUGAAAACUCGAUAAUGACGCACAGAAGUGGUGCGCUGCAGCUGUCCCACUCGAGGAGCGUUUAUCAAUCACUCACGGCUAACGCUAAAGGCAUAUUCAAUAUCAUUAUUCAGUACCAACUCGAAAAUGUCAAACAAGCCCAUUAUCAAGGGCUUCCUUUCAAAGAUUUAUAUUCAAAAUGUCGAGAACAGUUUCUGGUAAGUUCAGAUCUUGCAUUAAGAGCUCAACUGACAGAAUUUUUGGAUCAUAAAUUAGUCAAAAUGAAACGAACAUACGACGGAAGUGAAAAUCUCAUUGUACCUAUUGAGAAUGUUUUACUUCAACAGUUCUUAGAACAGCAAAAUGGGUGACUAUUUCUAGUGAUGGCAAGAUUUUGAUGAUUCUAAUUGAAUUAAAUUGUGUAAAAA